AUGAGCACGAACCAGGGCCCCCAGAACAGCCAAAUGCAAUACGACAAGAUCCUGGGGUACAUCGACUCUGGUAUCAAGGAAGGUGCCACCGUUCACACCGGUGGUAAGGCCAUUGACGAAGGACCUGGUGGAUACUAUAUCCAACCAACCAUUUUCACCGACGUCCGCCCAGAGAUGAAGAUCAUGUGUGAGGACAUAUUUGGUCCAGUCGUGGCCAUCGCAAAGUUCUCUUCAGAGGAAGAAGUAAUCAAACAGGCAAACAACUCCACAUACGGACUUGCCGCAGCGUGCCAUACCAAAGACUACGAGAGAGCAAUUCGCGUCACCAACGCCCUCCGGGCCGGCACGACCUGGGUAAACAUGUACAACCUCGUGCACUGGAGUAUCCCGUUCGGUGGAUACAAGGAGAGUGGAAUCGGACGCGAAUGUGGCGAGGCCGUGCUGGAGAACUACACGCAGACCAAGGCUGUGUAUUUUAACAUGGGGGUACCGUGUCCAAAGGUGUAG